AUGUACGUGUCAACAAUUGGCUGUUCUGGGCCGUGCAAGCUCAUCUCGGAUGGCUUUGACAACCUCAUCCGCACUUUCACCCUGGAGAAGACAGUGGAAGAUGCCAUGGAGUGGGACGACAGUGACGAGGAUGUACAGCAAGAGAGCUCCGAGUCGUCAGAAGAUUGA